UGCUUCAGUAAGGAGAGGGGAGGGGAGGAGUGGAGCGGGCGGUGCUCGCCAUAUUUGCUGAAUAUAAAGCACUUACAAGGCUGUGCCGGUCUCCUCCUGCAUUGCCUGAUCUGCUUGGAACAGCCACAGCCAUGUAAGUUACACAUUCUGCCCGCGACAUCUCCCUCCUAAUCUUUAGCAGGGCCUCUCCAUCGCUUCCGGCUGCUAUUAUUGUUGUGAUGGGGGUGACGGGAGUUAAAGUUCUCCUUUUUCUAGACCUCUACAAUGUCUUCCGGAAAUGCAAAAAUUGGACAUCCUGCACCAGACUUCACAGCGAAGGCUGUGAUGCCAGAUGGACAAUUCAAAGACCUUAAAGUUUCAGAUUACAAAGGAAAGUAUGUUGUAUUCUUCUUUUACCCUCUGGAUUUCACAUUUGUGUGCCCCACUGAGAUUAUAGCUUUUAGUGACCGGGUUGAGGAAUUUAAGAAACUUAACUGUGAAGUGAUUGGCGCAUCAGGGGACUCUCAUUUCUGUCACUUAGCCUGGAUUAGCCAACCCCGCAAGGAAGGUGGUUUGGGCAAAAUGAACAUACCACUUGUCUCAGAUGUUCAGCACACUAUCGCUAAGGACUAUGGUGUUUUUGAAGAGAAAGAGGGAGUUUCAUUUAGAGGUCUCUUUAUUAUCGAUGAAAAAGGCAUACUGCGACAGAUAACAAUUAAUGACUUACCUGUUGGGCGCUCUGUUGAUGAGACUCUAAGACUAGUACAGGCUUUCCAGUUCACAGACAAGUAUGGAGAAGUCUGCCCUGCAGGAUGGCAGCCAGGAAGUGACACCAUCAAGCCAGAUGUUAAAAAGAGCAAAGAGUACUUCAACAAGCAGAAAUAAAGAGAGGAGAUGCUGCCCACUGUAACUGGUCUUCUUUUUCAUGUUUUACAAGUUUACUAUUUUAGGGAACUGUUUCCCCCAAAUGUUAAUAUUCACUGGACAUCCUUGCAUAUAUUGAGUGGUGAAUGGGCAUUUACUUCAGACUAUCAGUUUGUAAGGCAGCUGUGGUUAUUUACAUCUAAUGAUAGGAGUAGCAAAGCAUUUCUGUGUAGAAAUAACCAUCAUGACUUUGAUACUUUUGAAAAAACUAUUAAAGUUAUUGUUCAAAUAGAA